CAGACUUCACUGAAAGGUUUUAACGCUCAACCAGUUAACCCUCUCGAACUCAAAAACCCUCCAAUGGCGGAAAUCCCGCCAACUGAAACCCUAACCUCAGUGGAGCACCAGGAUUCCACCGAUCAGCCGAAUCCGUCGGUGAGCCCUCCGCCUCCAUCCGCCGAAGAAAUUAACCUUCCAGAGAAGCGCAAGCGUGAGGUUGAGCCCGAACCGGAACCCUCAGCCGACAAGGCGAAGCACCCGCUGUGGAAGACGAGCCUAUGCUCCUACUUCAGGAGGUCUGGCGAAUUGUGCAGCCACGGCGAGACUUGCCGCUACGCUCACGGGGAGGACGAGCUCCGGCCGCGCCCCGACAACACUUGGGAUCCCACUUCGGAGCGGGCUAAAAAGAUGGCCAAAACUAAUGACCAGGAUAAAGCUGCUGAGGCGGGCGGCAUAAUGAUGACGGAGGCGUUGGAGGAGGACGGGGAGGAGUCUUCUUCUGGUUUAUCCAAAUGUAUUGUCAAUUUGCCUAUGAAGUGGAGUUCGGAUAAUUUUAGGCUUUUUCUGAACGACCAGGGCAUCGUGUUCAAAUCGGCAAAGAAAAAGAAAGGAAUGAUAGUUGGUUUUGUUACUUUCGAAAGUGAAGAACAAUCUAAGACUGCUGUGGAGAAGCUGGAUGGGCAAACUGUUGGAAAUAAUAGAACAUUAAAGGUCUCGGAUGUCAUUCAAAGACCGUUUGAGAAAAGCAAUAAAGCUGCAUUGCCUGUAAAGCCAUCUCCAGAUAAUGAUGAUGAGAAUGACAGUGUACUUCCUAGCGAUUCAGCCUCAAAGGCUAGAAGUGCCCGUGAUGCUGUGACUCCUCUUGCUCACAUGUCCUAUUCUGAUCAGCUCGAGCACAAGAAAAACUCUUUGGCACAAAUCCUCAAAAGACUAACUCGAAAUGCACGCAAGGCAUGUCCAAAUGGUAUUUCACUUCCAGAAUGGAUCCUGAAGGCUAGAGAAAUAGGUGGUCUUCCAUGCAAAUUAGAGGGUAUAAUCGAAUCACCCCUUGUUAAUGGAUACCGUAACAAGUGUGAAUUCUCUGUUGGAAAUUCUUUGCAAGGGAAGCACACAGUGGGCUUUUUACUUGGGAAUUUCAGGGAAGGUGUGACAGCUGUUGAGGAACCCGUUGACUGCCCAAAUGUUUCUAGAAUUGCUUGUAAAUAUGCUGCUAUCUUUCAAGAAUUUCUGCAGCAGUCGUGCUUACCCAUAUGGAACAGAUUGAACAAUAGCGGGUUCUGGCGUCAACUUACGGUUCGUGAGGGUAGGAAACCUGGCCAGAUUGAUGCUGACAAUUCCGAGGCUAGUAUUUCAGAGGUCAUGCUCAUGGUUCAGGUGUGCACCCUGGGUUCUGAUGAAGGGCAGGUAAAAGAGGAACUUCAUCGGUUAGCACAAACUUUUUCUGCAGGAUCUACUGCAGAAUCUCCUCCAUUACCUUUAACAACACUAGUAAUUCAGGAUCAUACAGGAAUAUCGAAUGCUGCACCAUCCGAUGCCCCUUUGCGGUACGUUUUUCUUCAUAGAGGGGGUGAUUGUGGACUGGAGAUAUCUGAUGAUGUCGUAGAACCAAGAAUUCAUGAUCACAUAAGCAAUCUCCGGUUCUCUAUAUCUCCGUCUGCCUUCUUUCAGGUUAACACCCUUGCAGCAGAGAGGUUGUAUUCACUUGCCGGGGACUGGGCUGACCUGGGUCCUGACACUUUACUCUUUGAUGUUUGUUGCGGGACUGGAACUAUUGGUCUGACUUUAGCUCACCAUGUUGGCAUGGUCGUCGGUAUUGAAAUGAAUGCUUCUGCAGUUUCAGAUGCAGAAAGAAAUGCGGAAGCCAAUGGCAUUAAAAACUGCAGAUUUGUCUGUGGAAAGGCUGAGGAUGUUAUUGGGUCGUUGAUGAAAGAGUAUCUAUCUUUGCCUGAAAAGCAAGACGAAAACAGAGACACAUCAGAAAAUAAUGAGUCUGAAGCCAAUUCCGCUGAAGAAAAUAUAAACUCUGUUGAUGGUGUGGUUGGAGCUGAAAAUAGCUCUGUUGUUGUUAACCAUGAGAACGGUCAUGCUGUGAGUGGGUGUUCGAAAGAUGAGGCUAAGUUGGAGAAGGAUUCCACUUCACAAAGUAGUAGCAACCCAAUGCGACAAUUUAAAAAUGUCGUUGCUAUAGUGGAUCCUCCACGUGUCGGACUUCAUCCCACUGUAAUCAAAGUUUUGAGGACGCAGUCGCGUUUAAGGAGGCUCGUCUACAUCUCCUGCAAUCCUGAUAGUCUGGUGGCAAAUGCUAUCGAGCUCUGCACGCCUUCACCCGAUAAAUCCGAGAAAGGAAAUAAUAAGAACAACCGGGGAUGGAGAAAUAUGAGCGCUGCUGGUCUAGCCCGUCACAGAUCCAAAUCUAUGCCCGAGUCUGAGCCAUUCAAACCCGUGAAAGCGAUGGCUGUCGAUCUUUUCCCUCAUACACCCCACUGCGAGCUGGUGAUGCUGCUUGAGAGGUGAAUAAGCUUAAACAUGAGUUGAUGAAUCAUCUACUUUUUUGGUAUUCCAUAGUUUCACAUCUUGCUUGUUUUUCAGUUGAGUUAUUAACAUUUUAUUUUCAUUUACUAACUAUAGCAGCUGAGACUUUUUGAGAAUUUGUUACAAAACUUACAGUUUGAUCAUAAAUUAUUGCUCCACAA